CAUGAAAAAUCUAGGAGGCGUUGGUUUAGCCAACGUUGAUUUACCACUUGUUUUCCCUAUAUAGUUUCCGAAAAUUAGGAAGCUCUAUGGUUUCCCCCGCGUUUGGUUAGUGACUGCACUGUUCAUAUUUAUAGAAAAGCGGAGAAAUUAGGAAGCCUGCUUCAGCCUACAGUGCGCCUGUGCCUGUGGCCUGCAUUUUGACCAGUUGAACUACGGUAUCUGGCUGUUGGCAUCUGUGUUACGAUACAGGAGCUUUACGAAACCAGGCAUGGCUAUGUACAAAGGAGCUGCCAGCGAGGCUGGCCGCGCACUGCAUCUCAAGAAGAAGCGCGAGAAAGCGCUGGAAGAACUGGAGCUUCGAAAGAAAAAGAUCGAAGAGGAGCUGAAGCUCUCUACGAUGGAGAACAAGUUCGCCGCACAUUACGACGCUGUGGAGCAGCAGCUCAAGUCGAGCACGAUUGGUCUUGUCACCCUCGAUGAAAUGAAGGCCAAGCAGGAGGACGUAGUGAAAGAACGGGAGCGUCAACUAGCACAGCGGCAACAAGAACGCGAGCUUCAGCGGCAGCGCGAAAUUCAGAAAAAACGGGAGCAGCAAGAAAGGCAAAGGAGACAGAUUGCUGCACUGUCAUUCAAGCUAGAUGAUGAAGAGGAAGAAGAGGAGGACUCAGAAGAAAACAACAACAACUGUGAAGAGAAGGAGGAUUUGCCAGAAACAAAGAAGCAGGGUGAAGAUGACAAAGACAGAGAUGGUGCCGACUAUGAACCACCGUCAAAACGAAAGUUGGGCAAGAACCCCGAUGUGGACACCAGCUUCCUUCCAGACAGAGAACGAGAGGAAGAUGAGAAGCGUAUCAGAGAAGAGCUUCGCAUGGAGUGGGUACAGAAACAACAGCAACUGAAAAACGAAGACAUUGAGAUCACCUUCAGCUACUGGGAUGGCUCGGGUCAUCGAAAAGUAGUACGCAUGAAGAAAGGGAACAGCAUCUACCAGUUCUUGCAGAAAUGCCUCGAGGUUCUUCGAAAGGAUUUCUAUGAGUUGCGGGCAGUUACGGCGGACCAAUUGAUGUACGUCAAGGAGGACUUAAUCAUCCCACACCACUACACAUUUUAUGACUUCAUUGUCACGAAGGCUCGUGGCAAGAGUGGCCCGCUGUUUGCCUAUGAUGCGAGGGAGGACGUGCGGUUGACCAACGACGCGUCGAUUGAGAAGGAAGAGUCGCACGCCGGCAAAGUUCUGCUGCGAUCAUGGUACGAGAGGAACAAGCACAUCUUCCCGGCGUCCCGAUGGGAACCUUACGACCCUGCCCGCUCGUACGAGCGCUACACAGUGUCUGACAAGAAAAAGUAGUCCAGUGCCACCAACCAGCUGGGAAAAAAAAAUCCAGUCAUGCUUCACUGAACUGAACUAUUGAUGGAUGGCAGUGCAAAGUGGGGACUCGUAUGCAUGCUGGGCUGUACGCAUGUGCUAUUCAAAUGUGCUGGCAAGUUUGUGCGAAUAAUCAGAAUCUUCCGUUUUCUCAUGUAGAAAUAACUCGUAUUGUCCAUGUUGGACAUGUGGAAAUGUGGACUGUUGCAACACUAUACCGGGCACUCUACACCCUGCACCAAAAAGGAGCUUGGCUUUUCCUCAGACACGUUUGCCACUCCAAGAAGUUUGGAUAGAAAGGCAGGCAAAUUAUGACAAAAUGCUGUUAAUAAAAUGCUCUUGAGAGCUUGAUUUUGUUACAAAGUGCACAUGUAAACUGAAUUACUGAGCAUGGUAUUGCAAGUGGCAAGUAAAUACCAGAAAUUGUCUGCGUAUAAGCAUAUGUUGAAUUUCUUGUAGUUGUAAUAACAAAAUUAACGCUGUCAGGAAAAAUGGAUUGCACUGAAUAUCGCUUGUGCCCGUGUUGGGACACUGUUUGUGUGGAAAGGUAUACUUAGAGCUGUCAUCGCUUUGACGAUAUUGUAAAGUUGCUAUUGUAAAUAAACAUAGUCAUUUUCCUUGUU